AUGACAGUUGACGAAGUAUUGAAACAGCUGCUGAAGGUCUCUACCCAGGCACAGACGACUGACGCUGUUCCACCUGCAACGGUUCUUCAAACCCCUCCCAACUACAGCUCUGGAAGUACGGUUGAUGUGGCAGCGAACAGUCUGUGUGCGGCCCAGGCCAAGCUGGAUUCCGCCGAAAAUGCCCUGGCAACAAGCCAAGCAACAACUGAGAAGUUGAAAGAUAAAGCAUUCGACAUCCAAAAGGACUUUAAUAAAGUUCGAGGACGUUUGCUCGAACUUUCUCAACAACAGCACAAUCUGAAAACAGUUAUGGAGAUCUUGGGCGAUUACAUCGACUACCUCGUCGACAUGAAGCUUCAUCUUCGUGACUUGAUCAAAUUCUUCGACAGAGUGGCGAUCCUUGUCCGAACCAGCAUGGAUGACAAAGUUGGCCAGUUCCUCCUCCACGCUGGGAAUUCGGACAAAGACCGAUCAAAUGGGGAUUUCCUCUCGCCACUGCGUAUUCAGACUCUGUUCCAAUACGCAUCGCAAUCCGCUGCAUACUUUGACUUCUUCAGCGAAGUGGCUGCGCUGUACAUGAAAGUCGACACCCAGUACAUCAGAAAAGGAAUUGACAAGGUCGACAAGUUACACAACGCCAAGGGAGAUGGUGUCGAUUCACUCAGGCUUCACCUGAAGGAAUACGCUACGGACGCCGAGCAUAGAAUCAGGACUAUAGUCAACGAGGCAAGACAAUGA